AUAGCAAACGCGAAUAGCCAAGUAAAGUGACUGUAUUAUUCUGUGAUAUUGAAUUAUUGACUGACUGACAGCAACAGCUGCUUCAAUCAAGGAUGGCGACCAUUUGGCAAGAAAAGUCAAAAACGAAACCGAGUGUGUUGGCUUAAAUUUAGUCAAAUAAUCCAAUCAAAAUAAUAAAUUAUAAAAUGAAGACCCUCACUUGUAAACACUCAUUUUAAUUAGUCGAAUUAUAUUAGCUAAGCGUUAAUGAGUAACUGCACGGAAGUUCCUUUGUUACGUUUUGUCGAAAGUAUGAGACUUGUGUUAGAGUAAAUAAGAGGUUUAUUAGAUAAAUUCUAAAUGGAUAUCGUGAGUAUGGAAGUGAGGGAGGCGGGAGACGGGGCCGCUUGUGCCGGGGAUUACGUGCAGCCGCCGUCAAAAAGGUCUACCUGGGCUGAAGUACGUCAGGCUGUGCAUGAUCUGAGGAAAGAGCUCGCGUCGCUCUCCACAAUGACUCCUAUGGCUAUAUCCUUCAGGAAACUAGGCAAUGGGAAGACCAGAAUAUAUUUUUUGAGGACACCAAUGAACGGUUGGGAGAUAACGUUGUUGUAUUCAGAUUUGACACCGUCGAACCAGCCCAGCAACACCAGAUUGGAAUGGAAGCCCCUCAUCGAAUCCAAUGUAGCCCUCGGAGUGUCCUCAGGCAAGUGGUCUCGUGAGGAGCAGCUGUUGCUUGAACGUCAGCGGGUGGCUGCUUGGGGCAUAGCCUCAUACGAACUCCACCAGGCUACAGGCAGAGUUCUGUUCCCCUGUGCUUCUUCCCUGUUCGUAGCAGAGGAGGGAGUUAAUCAGUCGCCGCCGCUGGUGCCCCGCUCGUUACACACUGGCGGGGGCGCGGCGCUGACGCCGGCCAUGUGCCCGCUGGCGCCCGCCGUGGUGGCGCACGCGGCCCGCGGCGACCUGUGGCUGGCCGGAGCGCCGCGGAGGCCUACGAGGCUGACGUACGCUUGCAAAGGACACGAACCGGACAGAUUAGCCGACGACCCGAAGCAAGCCGGAGUACCGUGCUACGUGACUCAGGAGGAGUUCUCGAGGUACACGGGAUUCUGGUGGCAGCCUAAAUCUGAUGAUGAAGUGUUCAGGAUAGCCUAUGAAGAAGUUGAUGAGAGUGAUGUGAAGGUUUUCAGCUUUCCAUCAUCGCAGAGCAGUAACGGAGAAGUCGAGGAAUUCAGAUUUCCUCGAGCCGGUACUCCUAAUGCGAAGUCAGUACUGAAAAUGGUCACCUUCAGACUGCAGAAGUCGUCGCCGUCUACCGUCUUGGACUAUUACCAAGAAUCAGCUGAUAUACCCACUUCAGAUAGCGAGUCCACAGAAGUGACAGACAUACGAUGGUACGAACUUCGGACUUCGCUCAAGGAAGCCUUUCCGUGGUUCGAAUAUUUGGCAAGAGUCGGAUGGACACCGUGUGGACAAUUCGUUUGGUGCCAGCUUUUAGAUCGCAAGCAACAGCGUCUAGAAUUAGCCUUGAUCCCGGUGCAACAGUUCAACGUUCCUUCGGGAUAUGACAAUGCGCCAGCGCAUCUGUCGAGACCGCCUUUCAUACCAGACCCACAUGGGGCUGAGAAAAUCCAAGAUAUCCAAGUUCUGAUAUCAGAGGCGGCCCCAGACGCUUGGAUCAACGUUCACGACAUACUGCAUUUUCUACCGUCUGCGGACAACCAAGUCAGCUUCAUAUGGGCUUCGGAGGAGACUUCACAUCUUCACUUGUAUAAAGUCACCUGCCAACUCAGCUCCAAGAAGGAUAGGAUGAGAUCUGUUAUAGAUAUUAUAACCGAAGAUGAGACUAAUGCUGUGGGCCCCAACAUCAUCAGUAAGGAGGCCAUCACAGCCGGGGAGUGGGAGGUGAUGGGUCGGAAGAUAUGGGUGGAUGAGGCCAGAAAGCUGGUGUUCUUCGUAGGGCUCCGUGAGACACCUUUAGAAAGACAUCUGUAUGUAGCCCCUUAUUCCCCGCCAAGGGCCAACGCUGUCACCCUGCUAACCAACGUCGGACAAUCCUGCACCGUAGAUAUUGAUCAGGAUUGCAGUACAGCCGUCAUAACCUCCUCAAACAUAAGCACUGUACCCAGUACUCGAGUAUACCGUAUAGUACACGAGGGUGGAUUCUGUAGGCUGCAGCAACAGGGAACCUUGAUGGAGAAACAGUUGCCUGAAUUCCCCGAAAGCCGUCGUUUCGGUUGCAACGGUUCUUGGCAUAGAUCUGGAGACGAAGAUGCCGACUGCAGCGAGACCGGCAUGCUGAUAAGGGAGCAGAGUGUAUGGGCGCGCGUUCCGACCGCUCAGAUCCUGUCCACGCGUUUGUGUUGUGGCGCCACUGCCUACUGCACGCUGUGGCGAUGCGGAAGGCCGGGCCGAUCUCCUACAGUACUGCACGUAUACGGAGGGCCCGAGGUGCAGACAGUCACCAAUACUUAUAAGGGUAUUCGUCAACUCCGCAUGCAUAUGUUGGCGGCGCGCGGUUUCAACGUAGUAUCCGUUGAUUCCCGGGGCUCAAAGCACCGCGGCCGGGCCUGGGAAGCCGCGAUCAAAGGGAAGAUGGGACAGGUGGAACUGGACGACCAGGUGGAAGUAUUACAAUGGCUUGCCAAGGAGACUGACUGCAUCGACAUGGAGCGGAUCGCGAUACACGGAUGGAGUUACGGCGGUUACCUAUCGCUGCUCGGAUUGGCAACCAGACCGAACAUAUUCAAGGUUUGCGUCGCCGGCGCUCCGGUUACCAGCUGGCGAUUAUACGACACAGCUUAUACGGAAAGAUAUAUGGGCCUGCCUUCAAGUUCACCUCAUUCGUACACCAGAGCGAGUGUGUUGGCGCAUGCGCCGUUCUUCCCCGACCAGGAAGGUAGAUUAUUGAUAAUACACGGCCUAGCUGAUGAAAACGUGCACUUCUGCCAUACCGCGGCUUUGCUCGCCGAGCUGGUGCGACUCGGGAAACCUCACAGGGUUCAGAUCUACCCAGGAGAAAGGCAUUCUUUGAGAGCUGUGCACGCCGCGAAACACUAUGAAGCCACUUUACUGCACUUCUUACACGAAAAUCUAUAAACAAAUGCUACUUUUAAAUAAUAAAAAUAUUUCGCGUACUCGAUGGCGCUUUCGAUCCGCAAUCGUGGAAGUCAAGCGACUUUACCGAUGGCCAGUUUUUGGAUGGGUGACCAAAAUUUUUUUUUACAAGGCUCGAUAAGCCGUCGUUUCCAACUGCGUCUGCAGUCGUCAGCAGUUGUUAGUCCGCUCUUCUGUAUUAUUAUUUUCUUCUUCUCAAGUAUAUCUUGAUGUUUCUACUAAAGUAGAACUUUUUAUUAGCUGCAGUAAAAUGACGUUUUGUGGGUUACCGCUUUUUGAAGAAAAAUAAAUAGGGAUGUAGCUAAGUGAGUAAGUGAAUCAUUCAAUAAAUGACUGAUCAGUUUGGUUUUAUUUUAGAGAUUUAAUUUUAGUUGUAAUGUUUUUUUAUACUAUUAUUAUUACUUUAGUAAAGGAUUGAUCUUUUUCAGUGGAAGUAUAAGGACGUACAUCCAAAAUUAAACAAAAUUGUCAUAACAAAGUUAUUUAUUAAUCUAUCAUUUUCGGAAUCACUAUCGCUUCCGGUCACACUAAUGACAAAUCUGUCUGUCACUUCAUCUAUAAUUUGAUUGAGGUGGCACAUUUUGUCUUCCUCUUUUAUAGUGUGAGACACACAGUCACUCCACUUAGUCGGUGUCACUUUGUUGAUUCCUUCUUGGAAUAAAGUUUUCACUUCUUGCAUUUUAUAUGUUUUAUUAUUGUUUGCGACGUGCCCCUUUACCUGAGCCCAAACCAACUCGAUGGGGUUCAAUUCACAGUGAUAAGGGGGCAGUCUUAAAAGUCUGAUACCUUUUUCAGCAAUCUCGUUGACGGCAUAAUUCUCAGUAUGAUUUUGUUGUUUGACAAUAUCUAUGAGAGUGGCCUAAGCACAUCCCUAUUGAAAUUAGGCUGUCAACAUUAUUUUACGGAAUGACAUUUUGAAACGUCAUUUUACUGCAGCUAAUAAAAAGUCGAAGUAUAGGUAUAUAUUAUUAUAUACUGGCACUUAACAAGUUUUCGAAAUCUAUCAAAUUUGCAUAUUUCAUAAAUUGAAAAUCCAAAUAGCCUUGGACAUUACAAACAUGAAUAUAGUAAAAGAUGCUUUUCAUCUUUCAUUAUGAAGUUGCUGACUCACGACUACCCUAUUUCGGACCGCACACAAACAUAUAUAAAUAUAUUUAUUAAGUUCCGCAAUCGAAAGCUUUGAAUAAAAAUAUGAAAUAAAAAAAAAUAAAAGCGCCAUCUAGUAGCCACCAGCGAGAACUUAAUGCUUGGAAAGUAGCAAUUAGCUGCAUAAUAUUAAUGAAAGUUCACUAUUUAUGAAAAAUUUAAUGAAAAUCUUUGUCUUAUAUCUCGCCCUCCGUCGUCUCGUAGUCAUUUAAUGUAUUCAUUUUGUAAAUAUACAUGUGUUUUUUAUGUAUACAUAAUUAUUGUAAAUGUUACGUUUAGAAUAAUUGAAAUAUACUAUUGGUAUAAAUA